GAAUAUUUCAACCUCAUUUAUUUUCUGAUGACUUGCUGAAACAUUUCAGAACUUAAUAUCGUUUGAAAAUUUUCAGCAAAAAACUUUUCAUCUAGUCGUCAAAAUGGGAUCUAUUGCCACAGAUUCUGGAAGAAUUGUGAAAAUGGAAGUUGAUUAUGCUUCUACUUGUGAUGAAAAGAUUCCCGAAUGUCAAAGACUUGCGAAGCAGGGAAAGCUCCAUGACGCCCUAGAUCAGCUCCUGGCUCUUGAAAAACAAACAAGAACUGGGGCUGAUAUGAUAUCCACUGGUCGGGUGUUAGUUGCUGUUUGUCAGAUCUGUAAGGAAGCCAACAAUUGGGCCGCCCUUAAUGAGCAUAUUGUGUUACUAACAAAACGAAGAUCACAACUAAAGCAAGCUGUUACGAAAAUGGUCCAAGAAUGCUGCACUUAUGUUGAUCACACCCCAGACAAAGACACCAUGAUUAAAUUAAUAGAAACCCUUAGGCAAGUGACUGAAGGAAAAAUUUAUGUUGAAGUUGAGCGAGCUCGACUUACUCAUAAAUUAGCCAAAAUACGUGAAGAUGAAGGUGAUAUACAGGAGGCCGCAAAUAUCAUACAAGAACUGCAAGUGGAAACUUAUGGUUCUAUGGAAAAACGGGAAAAAGUGGAGCUUAUAUUGGAACAAAUGAGAUUAUGUUUGGCAAAACAAGAUUAUAUUCGCACACAAAUUAUUUCAAAAAAAAUCAAUACAAAAUUCUUUGAUGAUGAUGGAACUCAAGACUUGAAAUUGAAAUACUAUCGAUUAAUGAUGGAAUUGGAUCAACAUGAGGGAUCAUAUUUGGCCACUUGUAAGCAUUAUAGAGCUGUUUUGAAUACUCCAAACAUACAAGCUGCUCCUGAAGAGAGGCAAUUUACUGCAAAAGCAGUGGUUUUGUAUUUAAUAUUAGCUCCAUAUGACAAUGAACAAUCUGAUUUAACCCACAGAGUAUUGGCAGAUAAAGUUUUGGAAGAGAUACCACUGUAUAAGCAGUUAUUGAAGCUUUUCACUACUCCUGAACUCAUAAAAUGGUCAGGACUCUGUGAAAUCUAUGAAAAAGAAUUGAAAAGUACUCCAGUUUUUAAUGGUAACGAACAAGCUACGAAAAGAUGGAAAGAUUUAAAAUCCCGUGUUGUCGAGCACAAUAUCCGAGUUAUGGCUAAGUAUUACACGCGCAUUAAGAUUGCUCGCGUCGCCCAGCUCUUGGAUUUAUCUCCCGCUGAGACAGAAGAGUUCCUCUCCAGUAUGGUGGUAAGCAAAACGGUGGUAGCAAAAACAGAUCGACCAGCAGGUGUGGUCCAUUUCCAACAAAGUAAAGAUCCUAGCGAUAUCUUAAAUGAUUGGGCCCAAGACCUCUCCUCCCUCAUGCAAUUGGUUAAUAAAACUACACAUCUCAUCAACAAAGAAGAAUGUGUUCACAAGCAUCUACAAGCUGUCAAUACAUAAAGGUGACAAAGGGCAUAUUAAAUUUGCAGUCCUCCAAAGCAGAAAAUGGUGCAACUUUUUUGUACUUGCACUAUUUAAAACUUGACACCUAAAUAGUAUUUUGUAAAUUCAUCAAAAUGUUUGAAUAAAUUUAUUACACAA